UAGUUUAUUCCUCCGCCACGGCUUCCAACCUGUAGAAGUCUGCCCCCCGAUCCGCUUCGGUAGCUCCAGCUCGAGAGCAGUUCGACGGCUAGUGAUUAAAAGUUGCUCCGGGAGUGUUUUCACGUCCAGCAAAGUCGCAAGUUCCUGGCGUUCGUUCGAUCGUGCCGUGUCAAGUGCAGCAGCGAGUUAAUUAAUUCCGCCCGACAAUGAAAGUGCUGGCAAUCAUCACAUUCUCCACUUUCUGUGCCGCUGCAGUCUAUGCUGUUCCGGAAGAAGAUUCCGCCCCUUCCAUCGUCGCGUCACUUGCGGACAGCACGGUCAGCAAGAGGCCCGAGAAACGAGGAGUCGGCCUAGGGUAUGGCUUGUCCGGUCUUGGAUACGAUAGUGCCCAUCUUGGCUACAACGGUGCCCUGGCAGGCUACCACCAUCCGGCAGGAUACGUCGCUCCGGUUGCAAGCACCACCGUAAUCAAGUCUGGUUAUGCUGCCCUUCCGGUCGCCAGUGCUGCUUACCCAGCCUACGACUACGGCAAGUACACCGGUUUCUACCCGGGAUACACUACUGGCUACGGCGGUUAUGCUGGUGUUCCGGUGGCAACCUCCGCAACUGGAUACGGAAAGAUCAUUCAACCAGCUACCACGACCUACAGCAAGGUGAUUCACUCCUAUCCCCACUAUGGUACAGCAGUUGGUGCGGUUUCUCCUGCAUUGGGAUAUUCUGGAGUUGCGGGCUAUCACGGUGGAUACGUUUACUAAUGUGUAGAGGAUUUCCUUUCUGAACGUAUCAACGAAUUUCCUCAAACCUGGAUCGUGAUGCUUAUUAUGUAGAUAGGUUACAUUCGAAUUGUGCUAUAUUAUUUAUUUUUACUAACGAACGCCAAAUAAAGAUAUGCAAUUGUGAUGACCUAGA